AUGGUCGUCAAUGGCAAUAAAAAGAGGAAAAUUACUCACGCCUCCUCAGACGAUGAGUCGCACGAGCCAGUAACAUCGAAACGAGCACAAAAGGACUUCUUCAAGCAUGCAUCCAACUGGAAUCUCGAACAAGACUACGAGUCUCGGCCGCGGAAAGGAAAGAAGAACGAUAAGGAAAACACCAAACUCCCAGUCAAGUCUCAGGACGGUCGGUUAGAAAUUCUCAAAAGUCUUGACCCAGACGAUGACGCAGAGUCUAUCGAGAGCGACACAGAAUGGCUAGAAGGGCGCGAUGAUGAAGUCGGGUCAGAAGACGAUGAUGCUGUGGACGAGAAGGAGGAGGAGUCGGAGAUUCCAGAGGCACAGCAAAUUUUGGAAGCACAAGAAGAGCUAGCCAAAGCAGCUAUGGCCCUCAACGAAAAUCCCGAAGAAAACGUCGCCAAUCUAAAGACCCUUGCCAAAAUCGGUGAAUCCAAGAUUCCCACGAUUCGCAUGCUCGCGCUCAUAACACAAAUGACGGUAUACAAGGACAUCAUCCCGGGCUACAGAAUACGACCACAAGCCGAAGACGCACCCAAGGAGAAACUGUCCAAAGAAGUUCGCGGCCUACGACAGUUCGAACAGUCCCUCCUAGCAGGCUACCAAGCAUACAUCAAGGUGCUCGCACACUGCGCCAAAUCAGAAACGACGCCCAUCCGAGGCGGACAAAGUCUCUCCAGCGUCGCAGUCACUUGCGCAUGCACCCUGAUCACAACCGUACCGCACUUCAACUUCCGCUCCGACAUCCUGCGCAUCCUCGUUGGCAAACUCAGCCGAAGAAAACUCGACAACGAUGCCACCAAGAUCAUUCAAGCUCUAGAGACCCUCUUCCGCGAUGACGAAGAAGGCCGUCCCACCCUGGAAGCCGUCUCCCUCGUCACCAAGAUGAUGAAGGCGAAAGAAUUCGCCGUCCACGAAUCUGUACUCAACCUCUUCCUCAGCCUCCGUCUGCUCUCCGAAUUCUCAGGCAAAGCAUCCCAAGACACAGUCGAGCAGCAGCAAACAUCAAACCCCAAAAAGAAACAACGCGAGUUUCGAACAAAGAGGGAACGAAAGGCAAUGAAGGAGCAAAAGUUACUGGACAAAGACAUGUCUCUUGCUGACGCACUCGUCAGCCACGAGGAGCGAGAGCGAAUGCAAUCCGACACCUUGAAACUCGUCUUUGCCACGUAUUUCCGCAUCCUGAAGCAACGAUCACCUCAUCUUAUGGGUGCGGUGUUGGAAGGGCUAGCCAAGUACUCACAUCUGAUUAAUCAAGACUUCUUCGGCGACUUGCUAGAAGCUCUCAAAGAUCUUAUCCGCCACAGCGAUGAAGACGCCGAAAAGGGUCCCGCUGACGAGGAAGUUGCCGAUAACGAAGAAAAUGAGGAUUCGGUUCGGAAUCUCACCCGCGAGGCUCUCCUGUGUACCGUCACCGCGUACGCCCUGCUAGCCGGCCAGGAUGCACAUAAUUCACGAAACGACCUACACCUCGACCUGUCAUACUUCACAACACACCUAUUCCGCUCCCUCCUUUCUCUCUCCGUCCAACCUGAUCUCGAAAAUACCCGCCUCUCCGCAUCCUCCGCCACAUCCAAGAUCAAUGUCCAAACCACGACUGUGCUCCUCCUCCGCUCUCUGACAGGCAUCCUUCUGCCAAACUAUAAUAUCCGCCAAGUCCCGCCGCUGCGCCUCGCCGCAUUCACGAAGCAGCUUAUGACUACUGCUCUACAACUUCCAGAGAAGUCAUGCCAGGCAGUUCUUGCUCUGCUGAACGAUGUUGCGCACACGCAUAGCAAGAAAGUUAGUAGUUUGUGGAAUACUGAGGAGCGCAAGGGAAAUGGACGGUAUAAUGCGUUGAGUGAUUCGGUGGAGGCGAGCAAUCCGUUUGCUACUACUGUGUGGGAAGGGGAGCUUCUGAGGAGGCACUUUUCGCCGAAGGUUAGAGAAGGCGUCAAGAUGUUGGAAAAGGGAAUGUCGGGAUAG